CUCUCUCUCUGUCUAUUUAAGAGACUUCACUGUCUCUCUCAGUCUUUUAACGCAAAACAACUUUUGUGGAGGAGAGAAAGCGAGAUAACACACACACACAGAGAUACACAUCUUCAAUAGUUAAGAGUUUUCUAUAUACAGAAGCAAGUAAAGGGAGAGAGAGAGAGAUACAAAAGUUAAUAUCUCUCCUUCUCUCACUUGGUGACUUCUCUUUUUCCUCUGGGUUUUGUGGUGGGGGUUGUCUCUAUAAAACUUAUAUAUAUAAAAAUAUAAAUAAAUAAGAAGAAUUAUCAGGUUUUAUAUAAAAUAGCAAAAGAAAUGCAACAGCACCUGAUGCAGAUGCAGCCCAUGAUGGCUGGUUACUACCCCAGCAAUGUUACCUCUGAUCAUAUCCAGCAGUACUUGGACGAGAACAAAUCGUUGAUUCUGAAGAUUGUUGAGUCUCAAAACUCUGGAAAGCUCAGCGAGUGCGCCGAGAAUCAGGCAAGGCUUCAACGCAACCUAAUGUAUUUAGCUGCAAUUGCAGAUUCUCAGCCUCAGCCUCCAAGUGUGCAUAGCCAGUAUGGAUCUGCUGGUGGUGGGAUGAUUCAGGGAGAAGGAGGGUCACACUAUUUGCAGCAGCAACAAGCGACUCAACAGCAACAGAUGACUCAGCAGUCUCUAAUGGCGGCUCGUUCCUCAAUGUUGUAUGCUCAGCAGCAGCAGCAACAGCCUUACGCAACCCUUCAGCAUCAGCAAUUGUACCAUAGCCAGCUUGGAAUGAGCUCGAGCAGCGGAGGAGGAAGCAGUGGUCUCCAUAUCCUUCAGGGAGAGGCUGGUGGGUUUCAUGAUUUUGGCCGUGGGAAGCCGGAAAUGGGCAGUGGUGAAGGCAGAGGAGGAAGCUCCGGGGAUGGUGGAGAAACCCUUUACUUGAAAUCAUCAGAUGAUGGGAAUUAAAAAGACUCUGGCACAAGGAAUCUUAAUGAUGAAUCAGCAGCAGCAGCAGAAGUAGUAAUAGUAGGAGUCUUGAAGUUAGUGUGUUUUGGUUUAGUUGCUUCUUGAAGAACCAAAGAACUCUUUAUUUUUAGUUUUGUUAUUCUCUCUAUGUUUGUGCCCUAAAAAAUGAACCUCUUUCGUGGUGUAAUGUACCAUGUAAAUCUGCUGGCUCCAAGUUGUGUCUUGAUCUUAGUAUGUUAUUUCUGACUCUGAGUUUGACUCUUUUGCUUUAACCAGGAACUGAGUUUUAGA